AAAUAGAAAAAAAGGAUUUCAUUGUUGCAUGAAGAGAAAGUGAAAAACUCGAAUACAGUGUCCAAAACCAGUGGAGGCUUGGCGAGUUGGCGCGGUGCAACAGUCUUUUAUUCAUCCCCUUUUCCAACAGACACACAUAUUCAAGAUUCAAGAACAUAAAUUGAGAAAUAUUGAAGGGUGCAGCUAUGGAAGGGUGCAAGAAAAGGGUGUGUUUAUGGUGGAAAACGUCAUCAUCUUCAACAAGGCUGAUGGGGUUUGUGGUGCCAUUAAUUGUGGCGUCGCUGCUGGUGGUUUUUGGCUGUUCUAGGUCCUCCGGUGGGCUGUUUUCCUCGGACUAUUAUUCUUCUGCGUGGAGUUCUAUAACUAGCGGCGGUGGCAGCGAUUCUGUAGCGCCAACAGUGGACGCUGGAGAGCGUUGGGAAUUGCGGCCAAUGGCGGGUGGCGUUGGGGAAAGAGAGGAAGCGCAUUCAGGUGACUAUGUUCUAAACCAGUCUGUUACGCCGUCGCUGGCCGUUGAAGAGAGAGAAAUAACUGCUCAAGAACAAUCUCUAGAGAAGGGAGAGAGUUCAAAAACUUCGAUUAAUGGAUCCCAUGUCUUACCAUUUUCAAACGAAACUGGUACUCAGCCAUUAAAUUCAAGAAUAAUUAAAAAACAUAGCAAUAUGGAAAGGCUUGAGGCCAAACUUCAGCAAGCUCGAACAGCAAUUAGAGAUUCACAAAUGGGAAAUCGAAGUCAAGAUCCAGACUACAUUCCAGACGGUCCAGUAUACUUGAAUCCUAAAGCCUUUCACAGGAGUUACUUGGAAAUGGAAAAGCGCUUCAAGAUUUUCGUGUACGAAGAAGGCGAGCACCCGGUUUUUCACAAUGGUCCGUGUGGAAGCAUAUACUCUACGGAGGGAGGUUUUAUUUAUCGCUUGGAGAUUUCCAAGUUUAGGACGAGGGAUCCUGAAAACGCGCACAUUUACUUCCUUCCAUUCAGCGUAGCAUCCAUAGUUCACUUUAUUUAUGAUAGAGGUGCUCCCGAUAAAUGGCGUCCGAUGAAACAAACUGUCAGUGACUACAUUCAUCUUGUCGCCGGAAAAUAUCCCUAUUGGAAUCGUAGCCUUGGAGCUGAUCAUUUCAUGCUUGCUUGCCACGAUUGGGGGCCAGAGCUUUCUAAGUCCGUUCCAGAACUGUAUAGCAACUCAGUUCGAGCUUUAUGCAAUGCAAAUACUUCAGAAGGAUUCGACCCCUCAAAAGAUGUGUCGAUUCCAGAGAUUAAUUUACCUGGUGGUAGAAUGAAUGGCUUGAUUGGCGGUCCAUCCCCAUCAAGACGAACAAUUUUGGUUUUCUUUGCUGGAGGACUUCAUGGACCUAUUAGGCCAAUUCUUCUCGAACACUGGGAACACAAAGAUGACGAAGAUGUUCAGAUUCAUAGGUACCUACCAAAGAGUGUAUCAUACUCGGAAAUGAUGAGAAAAAGCAAGUACUGUAUUUGUCCUAGUGGUUAUGAAGUAGCCAGCCCAAGAAUGGUCGAGGCGCUAUAUACUGGUUGCGUUCCCGUGAUUAUAAAAGAUCACUAUGUUGCUCCAUUUAGUGACAUCUUGAACUGGAAAUCGUUUGUUGUUGAAAUUCCCGUGGAGGAGAUUCCGAACCUAAAGAAAAUUCUGACUGGAAUUUCGAAGAGACAGUAUAUAAGAAUGCAAAGACGAGGAAUACAAGUGAGGCGGCAUUUUGAGGUUAAUUCACCUCCCAGGCGAUACGAUGUUUUCCACAUGAUACUUCAUUCCAUCUGGCUUAGAAGGCUCAAUGUUCGAUUGCAUGGUGUCAAUGAUUUUUGAACGGUUGAUGGCUCGGCUUUACUCUCGACAUGCUUGGGGGAGGAAAUGAAGAUCAGGUUAGCCAUGUACAAGUAUAAACAGUAGUUAACUUAAGAAAAUUGUACAUUUUUUUAUGGAUCAAUACGUGACAAACUUUAUUUUUUCUUGUAACUGUUGUGACCUUCAAUUCAAUAAAAAGGUUGAUGAGGAUAUCACUUUUUAUUUAUUUUUA